AUGAGUCAACUAGCUGCGAGGACAGGUUUACGAGCUCUGCUUGUACACAGCAGAGUGAAUCGUAACAUGUUCAUGAGGUGUGUUUCCGCUGUUAAAAAUGGGGAAGACACAAAGAAACCAAUGCCAGUUCAUGACUGGUGCGGCGGUUUUGUCGAUUUUAAUAUCCGUUCUGAGCAUGUCCAAGGAGAUUUCAACAUGAGGUGGAGGAGGAUGUGUUCUGCGUCGGCUACCGAGAAGAAAGAUGAAAAGCCGAGGAUCGAUAAGGUGAAGAAAGAUCAAGACGGCGGUGGAUCUGUGGCGGUUCCGAGUUAUUGGGGAAUAGAGACGGCCAAGAUGAAAAUUGCUCGCAAAGAUGGGUCCAAAUGGCCUUGGAACUGUUUUAUGCCGUGGGAGACACAUCAAGCAGACUUAACGAUAGAUUUUAAGAAGCACCACGUUCCAGAGAAUAUGGCCGACAAAAUCGCGUACGUGAUAGUCAAGAUCCUCCGUGUUCCCACCGACAUAUUCUUUCAGAGACGUUACGGAUGCAGAGCAAUGAUGCUAGAGACGGUAGCAGCAGUACCGGGAAUGGUAGGAGGAAUGCUCCUCCACCUAAAAUCAAUCCGAAGAUUCGAACACAGCGGAGGUUGGAUCAAAGCGUUGCUAGAAGAAGCAGAGAAUGAGAGGAUGCAUCUAAUGACGAUGAUGGAGUUAGUCAAACCCAAAUGGUACGAGCGUCUUCUAGUGAUACUCGUUCAAGGCGUUUUCUUCAGCUCUUUCUUCACUUGCUACGUGGUUUCGCCGCGGUUGGCUCAUCGUAUCGUUGGAUACUUGGAAGAAGAAGCUAUACAUUCUUACACGGAGUUUCUUAAAGACAUAGAUGAUGGGAAAAUCGAGAACGUUAAGGCGCCGGCGAUUGCAAUUGAUUAUUGGAGGUUGCCGGAGGAUGCUACGUUGAAGGAUGUUGUCACUGUGAUUCGUGCUGAUGAAGCUCAUCAUCGAGAUGUCAACCAUUUUGCUUCCGACAUUCGUAAUCAAGGAAAGGAAUUCAGAGAAGCAGCAGCUCCAAUUGGUUAUCACUAG